AUGGUUUCUCAAGACCAAAGUAAGGACUCUGGCUCCAAAAAAAAUGGAGGUAAGGAGCUUGGAAUGGUAACUCCUCAAGACAAGCCCUUGAAGAAGAUGAAUUUUGUUUCAUCUGCUGAGACAGAACCAACCGGCACGACAACAAUUUCUGAGGAUUCAAAGUCAAGUCGAGAUAUGAGCACAAUGCCUCGUGUUGUGAAGAGAAAAUUGCAGAAAAUCAAGCCAGUUGUUGAGUACAAUAAAAGGGGGAAAGGAUGUGGCCCUGCACAUACUGAGAUGCAGUCCUACAUUGGUGUGUUGGCACGCUCCAGAGUCCCACUUGUGGACAAGAAAUGGGCUGAAAUCCCCAAGGAUAUAAAGGAGCAGAUUUGGGAAGCCGUUGACAUGGCUUUUGUGGUAGGUCAAGGGGGCAAGACCUCGGUGUUAUCUUCUGCUGCCAAGAAAUGGAAGGAUUUCAAGUCUACACUGACGAGGCAUUAUAUCCUUCCAUACAUCAAGGAGAGGGAGAAAUUAAGCCAACCCCCUGAAGAAUAUAAAUUCAUAGAGAAAGCAGAAUGGGAUGCCUUUGUAGCUUCAAGGUUAUCCAAAGAAUUUGAGUCUGUGCAUUCUCAACAUUCACAGAUUAGGGAGAAACUUGAGUACAAUCAUCGAUUGUCUCAAAAAGGAUAUGCUGGUUUGGAGGAUCAAUUGGAGGAAACCAUGCCUGGGGUAGAAAUUGAUCGAUCUACCUUAUGGAAGAAAGCUAGACAGGACAAACAUGGUAACAUCCCGGAUCCAAAGGUGGCAGAGAAAGCAAAAUUAAUUGAUGAAUUGCAAAAACAAGUGGCUGAAGGCAGUCUUAGUUUAACUGGCAGUAAUGAUGUGUUGACCUUGGCUUUGGGUUCCGAGCAUCCAGGGAGAGUAAGAGGGGUAGGUGCUGGGAUUUCCCCUAGGCAAUUCUUCAAUUUACCUAGACCACAGAGGAUAAAGUUUGCCGAUCAAUUGAAGGAAAGUGUAAGAAUUGUCCUUCAAGAAGAGACUAAGAAGAUGGAAGCUAGAACCAAACAAUUGGUAGAGGUUGAGAGGGAACAUUUACUAAGUCAGCUUUCCCACCUCAUCCCCAAUUUUGAUCCAAGCAUGCUUAAACCGAAAACUAGCCCCUGUCAAAACCAAGGUCUAGAGCAAAGUCCCAAAAAUCCAAUGUCUGAUAAAGCAAGCUGUUCUGGGGCUGAAGUGAGAUCCCUACAUUUAGAGGAUGAUACUGCCAGAAAUGGGGAACAGCAGGAAGAAACGAUAAUCAAGAUGAAGAGAAGAAAGAAGAAAAAAAAGAUGAAGAGAAAAUGGGAGAAAAAAAAAGAUGAAGGGAAGAAGGAAGAAAAAAAAGAGAAAAAAGAUGAAGGCAAAAAGGAAGACACAAAUGAUGAAGAGAAGAAAGAAGAAAAACAAGAUGAAGAAAAGCAUGACGAAGAGACGUCGAUAUUUUUCUUUAAACCGUCGUUUGUUUUCAAAUUAGACGUCGGAAUUUAUUUUCUAUGA